AUGUUUAAAAAAAAGGAAAUAAAGGAAGCAAAAGGGACGCAAGUCCAAGGGAAAAUAAAAAUAGCAGACCCAAAGUCCCCACCCUGCCCUUGGUUAUGCAAUUUAGUUCCAACUAACGUACCAAGCCCAGGUGCCACACAAUCUGUUUUGCAUCCAAAGAAAGAUGUUUUUGUUUUAAAGGUUGCCAAAGUUGGGGCAAAUGGUGACCGCCGAUGUAAAUUGGAGCUUGAACUAGUAACACCUAAAGGUCCUGAAAGGAAACCUCUUACCAGAAUAGAGACACGGGAAACGCAGUGCGAUCCCGAUCCAGAACCAUGUUGCUGCAUGAAACUAAACAAGAAAAAGAAAUGA